UGCGCACAUGCUCAAUUCCAGAGACGCGCACGGUCGGGUAUUUGUCCUGUGCGAGUCUCCGUCGUGCAAGGGCACGUUUACUUGCUGUUAGGCGGCGCGCGCGACAGAGGUGGCGUUGGGCAAGCGGCAGCAGCCUUGCUUCAUUCCUUCCUGACAUCCCAAAAAUAUAGAGGUUUAUCAAGUUCUGAUCCAAAAUUGUCAAAAAUGGCAUCCAAGAAGGAACUGACUAGCGAUCAGCGGUUUAGCCAUGUUACAAAGGACCCUAGGUUUUGGGAAAUGCCAGAAAAAGACCGCAAAAUCAAGAUUGACAAAAGAUUUCGGGCUAUGUUUCAUGACAAGAAGUUUAAGUUGAAAUAUACUAUUGAUAAAAGAGGCCGCCCUAUUAACCACAGCUCUACAGAGGAUCUGAAACGGUUUUAUGAUCUUUCAGAUUCAGACUCUGAUCUUUCAGGAGCUGACACCAAAGUAUUUGCUGGAAAGAAAAUGAAGAAAAAAAAGUCAAAAUCGAAAGGAGGAAUAGACUCUGGGAAACUGCUUGACAAACCUACUGAAGGGGAAAGCAAAAUAGUUAAUCAGGAAAUGGGCCACAAAUGUGGAGCUCCAUUGAAAUCUGAUGACUCCCAGAAUGGACAGAAAAGCAUCAUGAGGAUUGCCAGCUCAUGUAGCUCAAAGUUGAAAAAGGACUGUAAGAAAAUGAAUGUAGAAAUUGAUCCUACACAGGAUGAUAAAGGACUUGCAUGGAAAGGGAAAAAUAAACAAAUUGUUGUGAGCUCAGAUUCAUCUCUAAGCAAACAAGAGACUUCAAAAGCAAGUAGUACUAAAUCAGUCAAGGCUCCCAAAACAAAGUUUUCUUUAGAGGAAAAGAAAACUGAAUCAGAAUCCAAAGAUGACGGAGAAGCAGGAGAGGAAGAGGAGUCGGAAGAUGACGGAGAAGCAGGAGAGGAAGAGGAGUCGGAAGAUGACGGAGAAGCAGGAGAGGAAGAUAGUGAUGAUGAUUCAGAAGAAGAUGAAAGUGACAGUGGGCCUGAUCUGGCUAGGGGGAAAGGAAAUAUUGAAACCAGUUCUGAAGAUGAAGAGGAAGAUGAUAUGUCUGAAAUAUUUCCAAAGGAGCCAGAGAUCGAGCAUGCCUGGAGAGAACUGCAUACGGAUGCUCCUCGUGCAGAUGAGAUAACAAGUAGAUUGGCAGUUUGCAACAUGGACUGGGAUAGGCUGAAGGCUAAAGACCUACUGGCUUUGCUUAAUUCUUUCAUACCCAAAGGGGGUGUUAUAUUUUCUGUAAAGAUUUAUCCUUCAGAGUUUGGAAAGCAGAGAUUGAAAGAGGAGGAGCUGCAAGGACCUGUAGAACUAUUAAGUCUUCCAGCGGAUGCCACAGAGAAAGAUUGGAUUUAUAGGGAAAAACUAAGGGAUUAUCAGUUCAAACGACUGAAAUACUUCUAUGCAGUGGUAGAAUGUGAUUCUCCUGAAACAGCCAAUAAAAUUUAUGAGGAGUGUGAUGGACUGGAAUUUGAAAGUAGCUGUUCUUUUGUAGAUCUCAGAUUUAUUCCAGAUGAUGUUACAUUUGAUGAUGAGCCAAAGGACAUAGCCUCAGAAGUGGAUGGAGCUGCAUAUAAACCAAAGUACUUCACAUCUGCUGCUAUGGGAACAUCAAAGGUAGAUAUUACAUGGGAUGAGACAGAUCAUGAAAGAAUAACUUCGCUACACAGAAAUUUUAAAAAAGAUGAACUUCUUGACAUGGAUUUCCAAGCUUAUUUGGCCUCAUCUAGUGAAGAGGAGGAAGAGCAACAAGGUGGUGAUGUAGCCCAGGAAACAGAAGAUGACAAACCCAAGAAAAGCCAGAAGGAUGAUGAAGAACAAAUUGCCAGAUACAGAGAACUCUUGCAGAGUAUCCAAGAAAAAGAGAAGAAACGGGAAGAAAAUGAUAUGGAAAUGGAGAUUAAAUGGGUUCCAGGCAACUGCCAAAGAAGAAUUGAAUGAAGAUGAAUUUCCAUCUGACGUUGACUUGAAUGACCCAUACUUUGCUGAGGAACUUGGGAAAACAGGUUUAAAGAAAAUAUCGAAGAAAUUCAAGACAGAAGAAAGUGCCCCAGAAAAAGAAGCAGACACAGAAAAGCACAAGGCUGAAAUGGCACUCCUUAUGAUGGAUGAUGAGGAGGAUGACAGAAGACAUUUUAACUAUGAGAAGAUUGUAGAACAACAGAACCUGAGCAAGAAGAAAAAGAAACAACUAAUGAAAAAGGAGGAGUUGUUAGAAGAUGACUUUCAGGUGAAUGUUGCUGAUACAAGGUUUCAAGCACUGUAUACUUCCCACUUGUUUAAUUUGGAUCCUUCUGAUCCAAACUUCAAAAAGACAAAAGCAGUGGAAAAAAUUUUGGAGGAGAAAGCUCGCCGAAGAGAACAAAAGCAGCAGAAUCUUGCAAAACAGAUGCAGGAGAAUGAGAUUGGAAAGAAGGGAAACACCACUAAGAAAUCUGUAGAUCCUGCUUUAUCAAUGCUAAUAAAAUCUAUCAAAAAUAAAACAGAACAAUUUCAAGCCAGAAAGAAACUGAAAAUAAAAUGAAGUCCAGUUGUUUGGCUUUCCUCAGUCCAGUCUCUACUCCUUGUAAAAUGGUAAACUUCAUAACAACUUUAUGGAUGUUGAAUCUCAUAAACUGUAAGGGUUUCUGAAGAAUUAGUGCCAGUGUUGGGGCUUGGGGGUGAACUAUAGACAACCGAUUGCAAUACCGUCUUUCCCCCUCCCACAACUACCUCCUUGGAAUAGUAUAUUUGUAAAAUAGUUCACAAACAGCAUGUUUGACAAAAUUAAUUUACCUGAAGCUGUUUUUCAUAACACCAUUUCAGUUAAAACUAAUAGAAAUGGUAAAGAUGGCUACAAAGAACUUCCUUAGUUAAUAGUAAUGGACACAUUUAUAAAUGAGUGUUUGACUUCAGGUCCUGAUAUGAUUUUUAGAUUUAAAAAAAACUUUGGAAUUUCAUAAUGGUGUUUUUAAUACUCCAUGAGUCUGAAAAUAGAAUGUUACUGAUGAAGAUAAUUUUAAUAUAACUGAAAGUGAAGACAGGUUGGAUGAAUUUUGUUUCUUAGUCAAGAGCUAUGUGGAUAACUUGUGAAAUAACGAAUAAAAAUAUAUUGUAUUUUAUUAAUAAUACUUUUCACUUCUAUAAUCUUCUAAGGAUUCCAGAAGAUUCACUGCAGAAACAUUUAGUGAAAUUCUCUGAUUUAGGAGAGAUUCUCAUGUACAGCAGCGAAACUGAAAAAAUUAAGGUCAAACGUGAAUGCCCAAAGUUAGAUAUCAAAAUCCAUUUUUCGCCACCUCAAUAAGGUUGUGUCUAUUGGGCAUUUUCUUAAAUUUCUCCCAAUGUUGCAUUGCUGUUAGUGUAACUCUACUGACCGUUGCAAUGCUAGGAGUGCUAGUGUAGACAAGAUGUCCAAAACAGGCCUAUAUGACACAGUUAAAAACACCAGAGCAGGGCUAUGUUAGUGCUACCACUAGUGGAACAGUGGAAAAAUGUGUGAUAGAAGGGUAGCACAAAGGGCCUGUUUUUCAGAAGCGUUGAACUCAUUCCAUCCAGUGUGUCAUCCUGCUCUAGUUCUCUUUGCUGCAUCAACUCUGAUAAAAAUGCAGCCAGUUAAACUUUGUCAAAGAUAUUACAAAAUUGUAACAUAAAGCACUCAUUAGAACUGUGAGGCUGGAGAUGUUCCCGUAAUUGUGAACAAGCUCAUGAGUUUCUACCUCCCUAAGCAGCUCUAUUUCUGUAAACUACUGGUAUAUUUAUCUAACCCUUUGCUUGGGCAUGAGAACCCUGAAUAGAGCAGCCAGGAGUGUUGCACUCUUGUUAAGAAGCUGCUUGAGAAGGCCCAUUGAUAGUAAAUUUAGUAGCAGAGCUGGUUGAUAAAGUGUUAAGGGUUGACUGGGGAAAAAAACCAAACACACACCAGCAGUGUACUCUAAAGGAGGUAAGUGCAUGAAAAUAGUUAAUUGCUGCUCCUGCUACUUGACACUAUGCAAUGUAUGUAUAAAGAUAAACAUACCAACUGAAUACAGUCUGAACCUGUUUACAAAAUUAGUUUGUCAGAAGGGUUAAUACAUGUCCCAAAAAAAUCCUCCUCCAACGAAAAUAUUUUAACCAUUAUAUAUAAAAAAAGAAAUUGGAAUGCAAAUAAAAUUUCAUUAAAACAACUAUUAAAAGCAGUAAACCAAUCAAAAUGUCUUGCACACAUGAAGUAAAUACAGAUGGAUGUUCACUGAAGCAGAUGGUCCUUCAAUGUCAAAAUACUAACUUUUAGUAAAACCAGUUUUUAUGCAGACAGAUUAAGAAAAUGAGAGAAACCACAUAUUCAAUUGCAGGUAAUUAGUGUUAAAAACUGACGUGUACAGUGAGAAAUGUAAUGUGGAAAUAAAAACAGGUGAUUUCACAAGAGAGUUUGUAUAAAGGAGUUCUGGAAGUGAAGAGCCAAAAUUACAUUUUAUUGAUCACUUGUGCAGCUUUACUGGAAAGCCUCCAGAUUCACUUCUAAAAUAGCUCAACUGAAUGGUUGGGCAAAUUAAUAGACCUUGACCUGUUGACCAGCUCAGGUGGUGCUACAGAACUUACCCACAGCAAACAAGCUCUUGAUACAUGGUUUGGAGCCAGCCAUCUGAGCUAGCCAGGGCUUCGCUACCUGCCGUCAGCAAAGAGAAAUAAACCCCACCAGAAUUGAGGACUUCAGUGUACACCAUGGACCAAUUUACUGAUGUUCAGCUGGACAUAGACUCAAAAUAAUCAAAAGGAAACAGGACAAUUUAUAGUAGAAUUUCCUGCAGAAAGGGCAGACUCGUGCAGCAGCCCAGCAGAAGUGGAGGUAGCUGCUAAAUGAAGAAGCUAUCAGCCAUGAGUGCUCUAAGUACAAAUCCACAUCUAAUAUGCAUGAUGGAAAAGUACCAGUGUCGCUUAUUCAGUAUGUGCAAUCUCCCCCUCUUGUGGUUGAUUUCUGAAUGUGCUUUAAAUUUACAUUGCUAAAUAAUACUCCAAUAAGCCGCUGCCGCAUAUAGCAGUUAUUCAACAGUAUAUAGAGGUUUUGUUUUAAUGCAUCUCAAUUGUCUCUUCAGCCUCCAGGUGUGAGUAAUUAAGGUUGUGAAAAGCUGCUGAAAACGUUAAAAAUUACCUCUAAAGACCAGGUCAUUGAGUUUGGCAUGGACAACUUUCACGUUGUAAAAUGUGCUGUUCUGCACUAUAUGCAGCAAGGCUAUAGAUUACGUUAGAAGGUGGACAAUUGUAGAACACAUGGAAAGGGCUAAACAAACAAAAGAAAUGAAAAUGAGGCUGAAACUGCAGGACCAUUGAAAACAGUACAGAAACAAUGCACUGUGACAGGAUCAUUCCAGCAUUUUUGUGUAUUUAAAAAAAAACGUUUCUGAAAAUACAGACACAAGUAUUUAGUUAAUGUAAGAAAUAUGAACUGCAAUGCUAUUUUAUUUUUUUAUAGUGGUUGAUGGCACAGGUAGGUGUCAAACUUGUUUGAAAAUUGUCAAUAUAUCAGUAAAAUGUGUUCAACUGAUACCUAUGUAUAUUCUGGCUAGGAAAACUAAAGUUCAGCGUCUCAUAUUAAUUGUGGGAAACAUGGAUUUUUAUGCUUUUUAUUCAGAUAAUGUUGUGACACAGCUAUUUUGGGUUCAUAUGGAUUCUACUUCUGUGUAUAGAUUUGCUAAUAAAUAGUAUGCACUCCCACUAUGCUGGAAAUUACUGAAGAAGUUGCUUGGUAGGGACUCACUUAAAAUUUAAGAAGCCUUGUUCCAUUCUAAACUCUAUUUUCAUUUCCCUUUUCUCACUUUAUUUUGAGUGAGGUCUGGGUGUAGGAAGAUUUUAAAAGAAAGCUGUCUGAGUGACAGGGCUCUUAAAAAUGUUACCCUGUUCCCGCUGUUUUAAAAAUGUGCUUAACAGUCAAAUCAGAAAUGAAAAUGAUUAUUUAAUUUCAUUUGACCGUGAAGACCUCUCCAACUACCAUCUUGUCCCCAGCUUCAUAUUCCUGGCCCAAAUAAUUGAGAAGAUAGGAAUCACCAAACAACCUGGAUGCCUCAUAAUCAGGGUUCAGACCAGGGCACAGAACAGGCACAGCUCUAAUGACACUACAAAAUGAUCUCAUGGCCAUAGAUACAGACAAGAUGUCCAUGCAUACUGCUGGUCUUUGGCACAGUGUACUACAAGAUACUGAUAACCUGAAUAGAUGGCCAGGCACUAUGGUGGCUCCAGUCAUUUCUCUCCAGCAGAACUCAGAGUGGUUCCUCCUCUCUGAAGACCCUUGUGACAAAGUGAGAAUUCUCUGUCAUAAUUUUAUGAAUCCUAAUUGUGCUUCAAUUUGCCUCUGUACUUUGCAUUGCUACCCAGUAGGGUGGGGGAGAAAGGGUUAAGACUGCUCUUGGGGCACAACAGAUGAUAUGAGGUGUGUGUGUGUGUGUGUGUGUGUGUGUGUGUCACCUGGCUGUCUGGAUGGAAUGAACAGGUCAUUAAAGAACUGGUUGAAACAAACUCCAAAUAACGGAGGAUCCAGAGAGCCAAUGAAAACCCCCCAAUGACUGAACAAUCAACCCUUAACAGCGACAAGCUCCAACAGGCAGGGUAGGUAAAUUCAUCAUGGCUCUGUCUGAAGCCAAAGGACUGAAAGUAAUUGGUUUUUGGAAGAGGCUUGACAGUGCUCACUGGGGACUGGAAAAGGGAACCUGAAAUUAAGUCCAGAGCAGCAUGACUGAUGGCACUGGCUUGGCCAGGUGGAUUAAGUCUUAACAUUUAUUUCUCUAUGUUAACGUAAGGACUGCAAAUGUGUUCCAGUUAACUAAUAAACUCUACUCUGUUUUGAAAGCAUUGCCUGGGGACUCUUUAAAAUCUAGCGCAUCCUGUGGAUCCCUGACCGCCUUCACCCCGAGAAUCCCAUAGGGAUUCAUACUCUUUCCUCUUCAAUAUCUACAUGGGAUGACUGGGUGAGAUAGUGAGAUGCCAAGGACUCAGCUGCCACCAGCAUGCUGAUGAUGUUCAACUAUAUAUUUCAUAUUUAACUGACACAACCGCCAGUGCUUGUAAGAUGUCAGAAUGCCCGCAAGAAAAUCAGCUUUUGGAUGAAGAGCAGCUGGCUCAAACUGAACCCGGGCACAACAGAAGUGAUGCUGGUUGGAAAGGGGAAAUGUUACGAAGAAUUAGCGGAGAUGUUAUCUCCACCUUUCGUUAAAGGCGCACAGCCUCCAUUCAUC